AUGGAUGUGCGCGUGCAUGCAUGCAGAUUUAUGGAGUUGCAGAGCGAUAAGAAGCUGGAGCCCGGCUUGCUUGAACCGCGCUCACCUUUGGUAUCUACUGCAGCCGGACGUUUUGUCGCUCUUGAGUCUUCUGGCGAGACAGAGUCCGGCAUUGCAAGCGAGAUCAUUGGAGCGGCCUGUCCUCCGGCGAUUGGUAGUCGUGAAGGGCGGGCGGCGGGCGACGGCGCGGGACGGCGCCCCCAAGACGAAUCGUGCCAGUACUUAGUUGCGCAAAAGAUCGCGAUGACCCAUCGUGCAGCUGUUGAGUAA